AUGCCCGACUCGUUAAGUCACUUAACUCCUUCACUCUAUACUGAUGACACGGAAAUUUAUGCAUCUUCUAAUGACUGCGCCGACCUUGUCGACAAGGUAAAUAUUGAUCUCGAAAACAUACGCAAAUGGAUGAUACACAAUAAACUUCAAAUCCACCCCAGUAAAUCGAAACAUAUGUUCAUUGGAUCUCCCUAUAACCUUAAGAAUAAAGUAUCUGGUAAUCCUAUUUUAAUUAAUAAUAAGCUAGUACCCAGGAUUAAUAAAUAUUCAUGCCUUGGCGUGACUAUGGACGAAAGGUUGUCUUGGGAUAAACAUAUUGAUUCAAUCUGUUCUAAAGUUGGUGCCGGUAUUGGUGCAAUGAGACGUGUUAAACCUUUUGUACCACUGUCGACAACCAAAAUGCUAUAUAAUGCUAUUAUACAGCCUUAUUUCGAUUAUUGCAGCCCGUUGUGGGAUAAUUGUGGAAUUGGGCUCAAAGAUAAGUUGCAAAAAUACCAAAAUCGUGCUGCAAGAGUAAUUACUGGGGCAACUUACGAUAUUCGGUCAUCUGAGUUACUCAAUAAUCUAAAUUGGAAACCUCUAGAAGAAAGACGAAAUUAUCUUAAAUCUAUUUUCAUCUAUAAAGUUCUGAAUGGCCACACCGCACCAAAUCUUAAAGAAGCAUUUCAUUUUAAUAAUGAAAGACAUAAUACUUACAAUCUUAGAAAUACGGAUACUGAUUUAGCACCACUUAUGCCGAAAAAAGAAUUCGGCAGUAGGUGCUUCAGUUAUAAUGGUGCCUUGCAUUGGAAUAAUCUUCCCCAUGAGGAAAAAAUUGCAGAAUCUCUAAGCUCUUUCAAGUCGAUAUUGAAACAAAGAAUGAGUUGAAAUUUGCUUAUGUAUAAUCGCGCAGCUAAAAUCAAUUGUAUUUAUUUAUUUUGUUAUAUUUUGUAUUUCCUGUAUAUAGUUAACUUUUUGUAAAUAGGUAAUUUCACGCCCCUCAUGGAAACCAGCCUUCCAACGGCUGUUGAGGCUAGCGUGGUCUAAAUAAAGUUUUGUAUGUAUGUAUGUAUGUUUACCGUCCAUAAAAUAUAUAUUCACUUCGGCUCUUUCAUUUUCCACCAGAUAGCGCCUUAUCGCACACAAUCUGAUAUAUCGUUUUUCGGAUCCCCAACCUUGUCAGCCGAGCGACAAUACUGUGCACAAUACUGUGCUCAACACUUUCUGGUCCUCGAAACCGCUUUUUCUUAUAUUAUAAGAAGAUACCAUGCUCUUUUGCCAACAAAAUUCAUCUAUUCACGACGAAAGCGAACUGAAUGCUUCGUUGCACUUCAUGCAAACUUUCAAGCGAAUGUAAUCGUUAAUGCCCACGCUCACUUUUUUGAAUAUCUAAUAAUUUCAUGCCUCAUUGCUAUGAAAGUCUAAUGAUGUGUGAGAAGCAAUUUCAAAUCCUCGUUAGUGUUUUAAACUUGGCUUCCAAAUCCCCAGUGCCAUGAACAAUGGGUCGGCUGCGCCUCGCCAUUGUUCAUGGCACUUGUAUUUAGAAACCACGUCUAAAACACUAACUCGGAUUUGAAAUAUUACGUCAAAAACAAAUAUGUCGGUUCCGAGUUUUUCAAGUUCAUCCAAUUCAGCCCAACAAAAAAGCUAGUUAAUAAGGAGCGUUUCACAUUGCGUAUAAUUCGCAGUCAUGCCAGGGAAUGUGAUAAUCUAUAUACAGUCAAUUAAAAAAAGGUUGUCCUUUGCAAGAGCUUUUGUUACGCGCGUGGUAAUAUCAUGCAGUCAAUUCUCAUCAACUCCUGUGUAGUUCUUGUUCUCGUUUGACCGACGAGUUGAAAAAACUCUCAUGCAAACUCACUUAGAGUCUCGCUUGCAGAUUCUCAUCAACUCUCAUCCAGAGCUUAAACCAAUUUUUUUCUAUGUCGCGUAUUUGCGAUGAAAAGUGUUCAAAACCGAAAAUGUUUUUGGCGUCCCUCUCCAAAUUAUUUGUUUUGGCUUUAUUCUCUAGUUUAUACAGUUAGCUGCUACCUUUUUAAAUGCAUUAAUUUGCCGGUUGAGAAACAUAAAAUAAUAGUAAAAAAUUGUCAAUUAAAAUACAAUUAUCAUUGAUGCAAAAUUGACGUCCUGCAUGCAUGUUUGCACAGUAUAAUAUAAGCAAAACGUACUGAACUUCAGACAUCAUUUUCUCUUUGGUGUACCAUCUAAAAUCUCUUUAUUUUAGCAUUAUUUUAUAGAUAAAGUACUAAACAUACUUUUUAAGUUUGUUUGCCGCUUGUUAAACAAAAAAUUGAAUAUAGUCAUAGCCAAAGUGGAAACGUUUUGAGCGCGCGUUACGUAUACAAAAGAUUCUCCUCUUAAUAAUCAUUGAUGGCUGCGCAGAGUGUAAGAUGUGGUUUUCAGUAAAAACGUAAAAACGCACUAUUUCAAACAAAUCUGCAGCAGACUUGUACCAAGUUAAAGCUGUUUCAACAAUUUGUUAUCAUGCAGGAUGUGUUCGCACUAAUUGUUGACAAUUUGUCAACGGUUUGGCUUGUUGACGACUUACUACAACGUUGUUGAACUCAACAGUCUUGUUAUAAGUUGUUUUAUGCAACAACUUGUUAAAACGUUGCCGGAGUGACAAUCUUGUAGAAACGUCACACUACUAGUGAAACCCUAUACGGCCACCUCGUUAAUACAGUCACCUCUCUAUUAUGGGUAGUUUUGUCCCCGGAAAGGCGAAGACAAUACAUUUCCUUAUAAAAGAGAUAUCUCUUUAAUAUGACUGUCUCGUUAAUUAGGCCAAAUUUAUUAUUUUUUACGUAUUAACUGUGACACGUAUUCCACUGUGACAACAUUGUAAACGUAACAGCUUCUUGACAACCCUGUUACACGCUUGUUGCCAACAAGCUUGUAGCAGGUGUUACGAACAAGUUUGUUGACAAGAUGUGAGAUUUUUGCGUGUGUUUCCAGGCCCUUUUGUGUUUGAGUUUAUUGAGGCUAUGCUUACAUUGUAUCGGAUCACUUUGCGUCCGACGCAAAAACCAUACCGGGGAUAGGGCUUCUGUUUACAUAUGAAACGUUGUUAUCGUCUCAAUUUCUGCAACGAACCGGUGGUGCGGCGGUUCGCUCUUCGAAGUGGUGCGCGGUGUAUCGGAUCGGUUUUUGCAACGCUCUCAUUGUAAUGUAAACACCAAUCGGAGCAAUUUCGGUUCAAUGCGUGACUCAAGAUGGAAUCUGGCAAACAACAACUUACUAUUCUAAUAAUAUAUAAAAGAAAACAUGACGGCAUAGAUGGGCGGGCGGAAGCUGUUUACACUUGGGCCAUAACUUUUCGCGAACGAAACAAAAACUGAUCCGAUACAAUGUAAACAUAGCCUGAGUUUCUCACUCAUUGGUGAGCGGAUUUCCCAACAAGCUAUUGUCCAAUUUAAAAGGGAUCCGAGGUACCUACGAUUUUAACAUCCUUAUGCGAGAAGACGCGAAAGCCUAACCAAUUACUGAUAUCAAUGUAAAGGUAGCACUUUCUCCUCAAUUAUUUUAAGACCUUGAGUAGAGCCCAAGGAUUGAACUUGGGUCAUCCAUCUUGAAAGGCAAGCGUGGUAACCACGACUGCUGGUCGUAUUAAACUUUUGUUUCCCUACUUUUAGGUGCAUUUGGAAUUGUGAAGAAGUGCGAGAGAAAAAGAGAUAAGGCGGCGUUUGCAAUCAAGGUUAUUCUGUACAAGGAUGCAAAACUUCUGAACGAUAUCAAACGAGAAGUAGAAAUGAUGAGAAAACUAAAUCACGAACAUCUCGUCACGUUGUACGAAGCUUACGAAUGCGGAGGGAGUUAUGGCAUGGUCAUGGAUUACAUAGCAGGCGGUGAACUCUUUGAAAGAAUCAUUGAAAAAGAAUAUUUGGAAGAAAAAGAAGCCGUUCAAUAUUUGCGUCAGCUGAUUAACGGAUUACAGCACAUGCAUAGCAAGAACAUUGUUCAUCUGGAUAUUAAACCCGAAAAUAUUUUGUGUGUUGACGCGACAUCUAACCGCAUUAAGUUGAUAGACUUUGGUUUAGCUAGAGAACUUAAACCUGGCGAAACAACGCGAUGCGCGUUGGGUACGCCCGAUUUCGUAGCUCCUGAAGCGAUCUCUUUCAAUGAGAUUAAACCUCAGACGGACAUGUGGAGUACUGGCGUCCUUACGUAUGUUCUGCUUAGUGGUCUAAUGCCUUUCGGUGGAGAUACUGACAACGAGACGUUGUGUAAUAUCUCCAACGUUGAUUGGGAAUUUGACGAGGAUUCUUUCGAGGAAAUAUCAUCUGAUGCGCGGGAUUUCAUAGAAAAGCUUCUAACACUCCACCCUGAAGAUCGAUUGAGUUCAACUGACGCGAUGGGACAUCCUUGGAUGAAAGCAAAGGAAGAACGGGGUGGUAAAAUAAAUACAAAACGACAUCGGACAUUCUUAGCGCGCAGAAGAUGGAAGAAAUCUGUGCACGUGGUGAUGGCUGUAACGAAACUUUGUCGACUCCUACAAUUUUCCUCUAAUGUAAAAUCUGGCAGCGGUACCAAUCUUCAAGAGGUCGGAUCAACUUCAAUGCGAGAGAGAGCUAUAUCUAACCCAAAUCCUGACCUUAACCCUGUCCAAAACCCUGGCCUUGACCAUAAACUUAGCCCAAAGCCUGACCCUAGUCCUAACCCUAGUCCUGACCUUGACCAUAAACUUAGCCCAAAGCCUGACCCUAGUCCUGGCCUUGACCUUAAACCGAACUCCAACCCUGGCCCCAACCAUAACCUUGGCAAGAAUACUAACCCCAACCCUAACCCUGAAGUAAGAUCUCCACUUGAGGAAGAAAGCAAUGGGACUACAAACAGGACAGUUGCUAAAGUUAGAGAAAACGCAAGAGUUCAGGAGGAUAUCGUGUCUUCGGAUGUACCUGCUCAUAUAAAUGGAAACGGUAGUAGCAAAGAAAGUAAUAAUGGUGCUGCAGUGAAAAUGCCUGUCCUGACGCAAACAGGUAAAAAGGAUCAGAAACAAAAUCCACCAGGCAAUAAGCUG